UCGUAAGGAUGUGUCCGCUGGCGCUGCCGGACUUCGUGCGUUCGCGUCGCGUGUGUGCGCGUUUAUCCUGACGCUGAACGUCUCAGCCAAAGAGGCCAAAAGGCCAGAAAAGUGCUUUAAGCCAGGCAAAUAUAUCUACAGUGAAUGCCAGAAUAAUCAUGCAUAUUUACCAAAGAUAAAAGAGAUAAAAUCAAAGUAAAAUGAGGCAGUCGGUGUCAAGUUCCGUGUUCAGUUUUUAUUUGUGUUCGUGUACUUGGCCGGUACCAAGAUCCAAACUAACGACGAUCUCGAGGAAUAACCAGUAACUGAUUGAAGGUCUUGUGCUGCAGAAAACAGAACACAGCAAAAGCUCGUUCAAAAUGAUCACCUAAAGCUAAAAUCGGUGCAAACAAAAAACUAAACCGAACUCUAAACGCAGCAGUUCAUAGCACAAACACAGUUUAAUUGGCACUAGAAACAAACAAAAAAAAUAAAUGUAAAUUGAUUUUGAAAGGCCCAAGGGCAAAAGUGAAACCAAAUCUAACCAAAUCCAACAAAAAACGUAACGCAAACCACCGCUAAAAUUGCUUUAGAUUAAAGAGAGAGUAAAAAAAACCCCAAGUAAAAAACCACUCUUAAUCUCAUCAAACAAAAUGACGCUGCGCAUAUCGGCCGAAUACGGAAAUCAUCGAGGGCUCAUCAUUCCUGGCUUUGUGCUGCUCCUGAUUUUGGCCACCUUGCCUGCUUCGCGGGCAGGACGAGUCUUUGACGUCACAAAUCGCGACUACGUAAAGGUGAAUGCCGAGGCGGGCAAAAACGUGACCAUUCCGUGUCCGGGGGUCAACGAGCACUCGCUAGUGGACACACUCGUGUGGAAAACGGCGUCCACCACAAUCGCGCAGUUCGCCAAUCGGAUACCCCUGCUGCACAGUCCAAGGAUACAACUUUUAUCGGACAACUUUGGCCUGCAGUUUUCGCCCUCUUUAGCGAGUGAUACAUCGGAAUAUAUAUGCCUCGUUAACGAUCGGCAUAUACCAGAAGCCAUCGUGGAUUUAUUAGUCCAGGAUGUGCCCGAUCCGCCGGAGCGACCAUUGUUGAUAAGUUUCACAUCACGCUCCGUGAAUUUAUCCUGGGCGCACUCGCAGCACCCGCGGAAUGCGCCCGUCACCCAUUUUAUUAUUGAAACGCGGGAGGGCGAGGACGGCAUUUGGGAGCAGCUGGCCAGGAUCUACACUAAAACGAAUGCGACGUCAUAUCAGGUGACCGGGCUGACGCCCUUCACCGUCUACAGCUUUCGUCUCCUGGCGGUCAACAAGCUGGGAAUCAGUCCGCCGUCCAAGGAGUCCUACUACAUAGUCACGCUGCGUGAGGCUCCCACGGGCAAACCCAUUCCGACAACGGCUCAUAAUACGUCCUCCACGUCGGUUUAUAUCUCGUGGAAAGCCCCUCCUCCGGAUACCAUACUAGGCGAGUUCCUAGGCUACCGCAUCACAUAUCGACCACGCGAUAGGGACCCCAACGAUACCAAGGAAAUCUAUAUCCGCGACAACACAGUGGAGAGCCAUGAGAUACAGAAUCUGCAGACGUACACGCAGUACAAAGUGACGGUGCAGGUGUUCAAUCCCGAGGGUCUGGGACCGGAGACAACCAUUCUUGUGAUGACCGAUGAAGGAGUUCCAAGCAAACCCCAGAAUCUCACCAUCCUGGAUGUUUUGGCCAAUAGCAUUACGAUGUCCUGGCAUCCGCCAAAGAAUCAGAACGGAGCCAUCGCCGGUUACCAUGUGUUCCACAUCCACGACAACCAAACUGGCGUGGAAAUCGUGAAGAACUCUCGGAAUUCGGUAGAAACACUCAUCCAUUUUGAGUUGCAGAAUCUACGACCCUACACCGAUUACCGUGUGAUAGUAAAGGCAUUUACCACCAAAAAUGAGGGCGAACCAUCCGAUCAAAUCGCCCAGAGAACUGAUGUUGGAGGUCCCAGCGCUCCGGCGAUUGUAAACCUCACCUGCCACUCCCAAGAAUCGAUCACUAUUCGCUGGCGAAGACCCUACGAGUUCUAUAACACCAUUGAUUUUUACAUAAUCAAGACGAGGUUAGCUGGACAGGAUACACAUCGGGAUAUAAGGAUCAAUGCAUCAGCCAAGGAGCUGGAAACUGCGAUGAUUUUACAAAAUCUGACAACCAACUCGUACUAUGAGGUCAAAGUGGCAGCGGCAACGUUCAGUGUCAUAAAUCCAAAGAGAAUUGUGCUGGGCAAAUUUUCGGAGUCAAGGAUUAUUCAACUACAACCGAAUUGCGAGAAACUCCAACCGCUGCUGCGUCAAUCGCAUAAUGACUACAACCUCGCCGUUUUGGUUGGCAUUAUCUUCAGCUGUUUCGGCAUCAUCCUGAUCAUCAUGGCCUUCUUCCUGUGGAGCAGAAAGUGCUUCCAUGCUGCCUACUACUAUCUGGAUGAUCCACCGCACCACCCGAAUGCCCCGCAGGUGGAUUGGGAAGUGCCCGUGAAGAUCGGCGAUGAGAUCCGCGCAGCUGUACCCGUAAAUGAAUUUGCCAAGCACGUGGCAUCCCUGCAUGCCGAUGGAGAUAUAGGAUUCAGUCGGGAGUACGAGGCCAUCCAGAACGAGUGCAUCAGCGAUGAUCUGCCAUGUGAGCACUCCCAGCAUCCCGAGAACAAACGCAAGAAUCGCUAUCUCAACAUCACAGCCUAUGAUCACAGUCGGGUGCAUUUGCAUCCUACACCGGGCCAAAAGAAGAACCUCGACUACAUCAACGCCAACUUCAUCGAUGGCUACCAGAAGGGACAUGCCUUCAUCGGAACCCAGGGACCUUUGCCCGACACCUUUGACUGUUUCUGGCGGAUGAUUUGGGAGCAGAGAGUGGCCAUCAUUGUGAUGAUCACCAAUCUUGUGGAGCGUGGAAGACGCAAGUGCGACAUGUACUGGCCGAAGGAUGGCGUUGAGACCUACGGAGUGAUCCAGGUUAAACUUAUCGAGGAGGAAGUCAUGUCCACGUACACUGUUCGCACUUUGCAGAUCAAGCACUUGAAGCUUAAGAAGAAGAAGCAGUGCAAUACUGAGAAACUGGUCUACCAAUAUCACUAUACCAACUGGCCCGAUCAUGGAACCCCCGAUCAUCCCCUUCCUGUUCUGAACUUUGUCAAGAAAUCAUCAGCCGCCAAUCCCGCAGAGGCUGGUCCUAUUGUUGUGCACUGCAGCGCUGGCGUUGGUCGCACUGGCACCUACAUCGUCCUGGACGCCAUGCUGAAGCAAAUCCAGCAGAAAUCAAUUGCGAACGUCUUCGGCUUCCUGCGUCACAUUCGAGCCCAGAGGAACUUCCUUGUCCAGACCGAGGAGCAGUACAUAUUCCUGCACGAUGCUCUGGUGGAGGCCAUCGCCUCUGGCGAGACAAAUCUGAUGGCCGAGCAGGUGGAGGAGCUGAAGAACUGCACUCCCUACUUGGAGCAGCAGUACAAGAACAUCAUCCAGUUCCAGCCAAAGGAUAUUCACAUUGCAUCCGCCAUGAAGCAGGUGAACUCGAUCAAGAACCGCGGAGCCAUCUUCCCCAUCGAGGGCAGUCGGGUGCAUUUGACACCCAAGCCGGGCGAGGAUGGUAGCGAUUAUAUCAACGCCUCCUGGCUUCACGGCUUCCGGAGAUUGAGGGACUUCAUAGUCACCCAACAUCCCAUGGCGCACACGAUAAAGGACUUCUGGCAGAUGGUCUGGGACCACAAUGCACAGACCGUCGUGCUGCUUUCAUCACUGGAUGAUAUAAACUUUGCCCAGUUUUGGCCGGAUGAGGCCACGCCCAUCGAGAGCGAUCACUAUCGCGUCAAGUAUCUGAACAAGACCAACAAGAGCGACUAUGUCAGUCGCGACUUUGUUAUCCAGUCGAUACAGGACGACUACGAGCUGACGGUCAAAAUGCUGCACUGUCCCAGUUGGCCGGAGAUGUCCAAUCCCAACAGCAUCUACGACUUUAUCGUGGACGUGCACGAGCGCUGCAAUGACUACCGCAAUGGUCCUAUUGUCAUUGUGGAUAGGUAUGGUGGCGCCCAGGCAUGCACCUUCUGCGCGAUCUCGUCGCUGGCCAUCGAGAUGGAGUACUGCAGCACGGCUAAUGUGUACCAGUACGCGAAGCUGUACCACAACAAGCGACCCGGGGUGUGGACCUCCAGCGAGGACAUUCGCGUCAUCUAUAAUAUACUUUCAUUUUUGCCUGGCAAUUUGAACCUGCUGAAGCGCACGGCGCUUCGGACUGAAUUCGAGGAUGUGACAACGGCCACGCCGGAUCUCUAUAGCAAAAUAUGCAGCAAUGUCGCUCCACUGUCCUCCAAUUCAUCCACACCACCACCACCAAGUUCUCCAACACCAUCCCCACAAACCAUCCAAUUGCCAUCGCCAUUAGACCUGUCCCACCAGAUCUCACCCACAGUCGCCAAUGCAACAUCACCGGCCACACCAGCAACUGCAACUGCAACACCAACGACUCCAACGACACCAACAACAGUCCUACCUAUAAUUCCUACAAUACCACUCGCAUCCCCGAACAGUUUAACCCUUACUAAUGCCAAUUUCCAUACUGUUACUAAUAACGCUGCUGAUCUGAUGGAACAUCAACAACAACAAAUGCUGGCCUUGAUGCAACAACAAACUCAACUUCAACAACAAUAUAACACGCAUCAACAUCACACCAAUGUUGGUGAUUUACUGAUGAACAAUACGGAUAAUUCACCAACCACUUCACGAACGAUCAUCAACAAUAAUAAUAAUAACAACGUCACAAAUGCAGCAGCGACAGAUGCUCAAAACUUAGAUAUUGUAGGUUAAACUAAAGAUAAAUUUACAGAGAGAAAUUAAAUCAUUUUAUAAAUGUUUAAAUAUAAAUAUUUAAAUUUAAACACCGUACAUUUACGUAUACAUAGCGAUGUAUUUAUUAACGUUUAAGUCGUUUUAGGUGGGAACAAAGCGUUUAGCGCCUUGUCCAUAAAUUAUUCAUUUGCCGUGUAAGCUCCAUGUUUUACUUUAAUGUAUUCCCUCAGUUAUUAUCUUUAAUACUAUCUAAAUUAUUUUGUCUUUCUAUCAUUUUUAUAUCGUAUGACUAAGUUUUUAAUAUACUUUACCUACAUUUAGUCACAAAGGAAAAGAAAAGUCAAAAACAGCAGUAAAAAAACAAAAAUAAUCACAAAUCUAAAAGUGGAAACGUAGCAAAAUGCACAAAUUGAACAAGUAGAAUUAAACAAGAAAACAUAUUUGUCUAAUCAUUUAUAUAUGCUGAUUACAAUAACGUUAAUGCAGGUUAAUUCUGCACACACUUGUGCCAUGAUUUUUUAAGCUCCUACAAACUCAUACUAAAGUAAUCAUUAUUAGUUGAAUUAUCGAGUUAUCCUAGUAGUUGAUUGAGCACUUUUGCAUUUCGAAUCGAUUCAGUGUCCGUCCUAGAAUCUGUUAUAGUUUUUUGUCUUCUUAUACAUUUGUUCCAGUUUAAUACACCAAAAAUAAUGAAGAAACACAAGCGAAACUUAGCAACAAAUUAAUUGCAAAUUUAGUAGGAAAAGAAACGAAUUAUUGGCAAAUAUUUCGAGUUACCGAGCACUUAACACGGAGCACAUCACCCUCACUCUUUCCUCCACACAUCACUGUAAAUCCCAAAAUAAAUAUAACAAAUUCACACAAUUUCAGCACGAAGCACAAGGGCAUCACGAAAAAUUGUAAAUAAAAGCUUAGGCCAGAAAAUCAGACUCAUUAUUCUGAAACAGCUAAAAAUACUGUAAAAACGUGCUUAGGCCAGAAAACAACUGGAAGAACCUAAGACUCAUCAUUCUGAACAAGCUAAGAAUAUUGUAAAAACUAAAAUAAGUCUAAAAGUAAUCGCAAGCAAAGUAUUAUUAAAAUAUACAAUUCAUGUGAAAAGUGAGAUAAAAAGAAAAUCCCAAUGAAAA